AUGGCACCACAACCCAAGAAGCAACAAGCAACAGGGCGUUGCGCGUCGUCGCUGAAGAAUGGCAAAACAACAGCACAAAGCAACGCCAUCGCCCGGGCCUUCAUGCAGCUCAACCGCCGCGCGACACAAGAGCCCUCCGGCUUCCCAGGCGCAGGCGGCAAGCGCGGUGACAUCCUCAGCUUCGACAAGUCUGGCGAUUACACCGUGUUUGACCUCGUGUUUGCCGCCCCCGCGGCCAGCUCAUACCAACCACAGGCCGCCAAAGUCAACCUCUACGCGGCGUCGCAGGCGGAACAACGCAAGAUCAAGAAGUACCAGGCCAUCCUACGAGACCAGGGCGACUUCAAAUUUGUGCCGAUUGCGAUCGAGGCUGGCUCGGGCGCCUGGGGCUCGAAGUUCCCGGAAGUUCUUCAGCAUCCCGCAUAA